UAGUAUUCAUGUAGCGGUAUCCUGUUAAAACUCGAUGCCCCGACUUGUCAGCUGUUAAUACAUUUUGAAGUGACAUUGAUGUUAACUAUGCUACUAUGGCGAGAUAUUUACAACAAGGAGCUUCAGUGAUGGUGUAAUUCUCAAUAUUUGAUGUCAUAUAUCAAACUCUUGAAGAUGGCAGUACUCCGAAAUGGUUUACAGUUUUCAAGAUUAUGCUCUUUAAACAAAACAAAACUAUUGCCAGAAUUGACAGUUACAAGAUGUAAGUUCUUCCACUCCAACAACAGACUCUGUUUCCUCAGUGAUGGAAGGAAUAAUGUUAUAUUUACCAAAUAUGUUAGAAACAAUAAAGACAAACUAUAUUUCCAAUGCUCUUCUUCACUGCAGACAGAGUCUGCAGAAAAAGGUCCAAUAAAGGAACCUGAUGCAUAUGUGCAAAGUAUUUAUGAUGGACUAAAAAAUCAUGAUAGAGGGAGUUUAGCCAGAGCUAUAACUCUGAUAGAAACAAGUAAUCCUACAAAGAAAGUCCAAGCUAAAGCACUUCUAAAUUUGAUUCUUCAUGAUGAAAAGGCUAAUGAAGUUCACUCUUUGAAAGGUCCCAAAACUUUUAGAGUGGGACUUUCUGGACCACCAGGAGCUGGAAAGAGUACCUUUAUUGAGACAUUUGGAAAGUUUCUUACAGAGCAGGAUCAUAAAGUGGCAGUCCUGGCAGUAGAUCCAUCAUCAUCCCGGACCGGCGGAUCACUUCUGGGUGAUAAAACCAGAAUGCCGGAACUGUCCCGGGACAUGAAUGCCUUUAUUCGCGCCUCCCCAUCCCGCGGAACUCUUGGAGGUGUUACCAGGACAACCAAUGAAGCUAUUUUAGUUUGUGAAGCUGCAGGAUAUGACAUUAUUCUAAUAGAAACUAUUGGUGUGGGUCAGACUGAGUUCAUGGUGGCUGACAUGGUGGACAUGUUUUGUUUGCUGAUUCCACCUGCCGGAGGAGAUGAACUUCAAGGAAUAAAGAAAGGUAUUGUGGAGGUUGCUGAUCUGGUUGCAGUCAAUAAAUGUGACGGGGAUUUAGUGAGUGCUGCUCGAAUUAUUCAGGGAGAAUACAUGAGUGCCCUUAAGUUCAUUAGAAAAGUCAACCUGAACUGGAGCCCACAGGUUCUAAGAAUUUCAUCCAUUACAAAAGAGGGGAUCCCAGAACUGUGGAAAAAUAUGUGUGAAUUCAGAGAAACCAUGUCAAAGACCGGUGACCUGGAACGAAAGCGAGCCGAUCAGAAAAAAAUCUGGAUGUGGAACUAUAUUAAGGACAACAUUAUGGACCUGUUCCGCUCUCACCCUGUAGUUAGGGAGAAGAUCUCAGUGAUGGAGGACCGAGUGUCACAUGGGGUGCUUACCCCGGGGGAAGCGGCGGACAUGUUGAUGAGGGACUUUAUGAAAGACUGAAUGUUUUUAAGAUAUGAUAUAUUAAUGAUAGUUAUAUAUAUUUUGUUUUAUGAGUCUUAAAGCAAUUCCAGUUUGUUUGGAGUGUUGAAUUUGGAUGCUGCUCUGUGUGUUUGUCAUAUUAUGCCAGCAGUCAAGAACUAUAAUUAACUCAAUAGUUGCAUGGCUAUGUACAUAUAUAUACCUACAAUUUGAAAUAAUAAUACAUUGUAUUGGUUUUUAUUUUAAAAUGUACAUUUAUAUCAGUUCAGAGAGCUGUGUUGUGCUAAUCCCGCACUGUGUGUGGAGUUUUUAAACUGAAAAAUAUUGACACACAUUAUUUAAACACAGAGAUAGGUG